AUGCCACACGUCCUCUUCCCCACCCACGUCGCCGUCCGCGAGCUCGACCUCAGCAAGAUCGAAUCGCUCGACAGUGACCCGGAGCAUCGCCCCAAGGCUGAGCUCAACUAUACUCCCAUUCCCGACGACGACUUCCUCGAACGCCUAACAGUCGCAUUCAACAAACACCGUUCUGCACCAAGCAUGAUGCUCGAAUUGAACUGUGACCGCAUUCGCUUCAUUGGCGGUUUGCCCAGAGGUUUUGCUGCCUUUGCUGCUCCUCCCAAGCCAGGCAGAAACACCGACAGAUACAUUUUUGGCCACCACGAAAGUGAGAAUGCUGGCUUCAAGUACGAUAAACCCUUCCGUUCCCUCACCUCGUUUGUUCCUCACGUCUUCUGGAUCAUCGUUGAUCAGAUCGUUCAAGGCAACUUUCCCAGAGGUUGUUUGUGCGAUGUUUGUGCUGUGGACAACAGAAAGGAGCGAAAGGAUCUUUAG